AUGGAGGAGUUCAUCGAGAAUCUUAUUCACAUUCAUGAAUUCACCCAAUCAAUUUUACAGGUUGAAGCUGCGCUUGAACAUCUGGUUGACGAUCUCCAGGACUAUCUUAAUACACGAAACAAUAACAACUCAAUGCAAAAUCCUAACGGAUCACAUACAGCUAUGCAGACUAUGAUUCCUGCAGAUGCCAGUGUACAAGCGGAAUUUCCACAUUCAGAAGUAACUCAAACAGAACCCGAAACUGCAUUGGAAAUAUCGAAUCCACCGAAUUCAGUAGAUGCCUCAGUGGAGUCUGUUGAUCAGUCUGGAAAUCGUGAACAACACACUGACUCUUCUAAUACCGGUUCAAAUUCAGUAUGGGAUAUUCUGCCUACCAGUGUCCUACUAUCUGUAUCCGAUAUAAACACCUUGGACAAGUGUUCAUUUUGUAUGGAAAAGUACUCAAUCGGUGAUGAGGUUAUUUGGUUACCUUGCUUUCAUGCAUUCCAUUAUUAUUGUUUUCUAGAUUGGAUUUUAGAGUGUGACGAAUGUCCUAUAUGUCGAUGGCCAAUGCUCACUUUUGAAUGA